AAAAAUCAGAGCAAAACUUUCACCGUAAUCCAAAUUGCUUUUCUAAGCGAGUUCAACGGGUAAUCGGUGGACAAUUGGCGCACAAAGGUGAUAACAAUUCUAUAGUGCUGAACAAUAAGAUAAAUUGGCAGAAUGGCCUAUCACAAGCCCCUUUCCGUGAAACUGAAGCUCCCGAACCGCGUCCAGCCGGAGUUUAUUCCUCAACCCGGAAGAGAAGGCCAGUAUACCAAUAAGAUACACUACCUUAAGAGGCAUUUACUGGACGAGGUCAGCAAGAAGAAGUUUGCACUGGACUUUUUGGAACCAGUUGACACGGAGGCUCUGUUGGUGCCCACGUACUAUACCGUUAUUGAUCGCCCCAUGGACUUGGGAACCAUCCUGAAAAGGGUGCAGAACAAUUACUACAGGUCCGUAGAAGGGCUCAUCGCAGAUUUUCAGCUUAUCAUCCGCAAUUGCUUCAAGUUCAACCAACCGGGCGACAUGGUUUUCCGCAAGGGUCAGAUGCUGGAGAAGUUCUUUAUGAAGAAGGUCAAGGCCAUUCCCCCGGGUCCGGAGAUGCCCUGCAACAAGGAUCCCUUGGCGGGGGGCCGAUCCAGAGGUAAUGCCAGAAUGUUGGCCAACACCGCCCAAACGGAGCGCAUGUGCCGAGAUCAAUUGAAAAAGUUGCAGCACUUCACCAAUCAAGUGGAUGCCACGGCCCGUAACUUCUUCACUGGCAAGUGGGAUUCGUUGACCAAGAAGCUGGACAAGCACUACUUCAAGUCUUUUGGUGAGUUUCGCUCACAUGUGGAUGAUAUCUUCCGGAAGUACCACGAUCCGGCCAAAGCUAUCUACGAAAAAGCCUUUCUAAAGCCAGAACCUUGGACCGCUGCCCUGAUUGCAAAUCCCAGUUCCUUGGGCUGUGCUGUGUUGGCUGAUGCGGAUCUAAAUGAGCUACUGCAAGCCGCUAGGCUGACUGAGAAUGCCUUGGGGCAGUCCCUCCAGACGCAGGGUUCCUGGGAAGCAUCGAGGACAAGAAGUGCGGUUGAGGCCCUGUGUGCCAGUGUAAGCAAGGUGAAACUAAAACUGGAGGCAUCCAGACCAAACCCUCUAGAGGAAUCAUCAGGCAGUCGCAGUCAGAAGGAUGAACUAAAAGAACUCAAGCCAGCUCGGGACCUGCUCAACAGCAGCGAAGUGGACACUAUCAUGGCAGUGAGCUUCGAGUCCUCUGAUGAAGAGGUUAACGAAGCCCAAACAGAGCUGGCCAAUGACACGGAUAUAACUGCUAUUCAAAAACUAUUUUCCAAACUUUCAUCCCCAGAAAUGAGGGAGAUUAUCCACUUGAUCCAACAAAUGGAAGGAAUAUCCAAUGAGGGAGGCGCCGAUUUUGGCUUAGAUAUGUCGGGCUUCACACAGGGCACUUUGGACCUGGUGAAACAGAUCGUGAUCAAGGCGGUGAGGGCCAAUAGUAAGUUGAACCUCAAGGACAUGCCGCCUUCGGAAAAGGACUGCCUGCAGCGCUCGCUGCAAAAUCAGCUGGUGGAUAUUAACCGGGUGCUGAACAAAAAUCAGCGCAAAACUUCCAUUUCUCUGAUCAACCUCAGGGCCAAUCAGAAUAACGUCGCGCGGAAGAGACCAUGUGGCCCUAUGGCCGCCAAAAUGUAUACACCGCCGGCAAAGCUUAGUGCUAGAAAACCUGGUGCUGGAAAGCCUGGUGCUGGAAAACCUGGUGCUGGAAAAGCAGGUGGUGGAAAAUUCGGAAUGGGUAUUGGAGUGGGUGUCGGUGAGUGUCGCAAUCUAAGUGACACCAGCGAUGAUGACUGCGCUGAACCUAGUCCGCAGAAAAUGACUUUUGGCUCGUCUAUGUCCUUGGUUGCUAACAUGAUGAGCAGCAGCUUUGGCAACGUUUCUCAGCAGGGAUCCAAGUUGAGCAGCAGCUCCAGUUCCAGUUCCAGCUCGAGGUCCGGUUCAGGUUCUAGCUCGGGUUCCAGUUCGGGCAGCAGCUCCAGUUCCAGCAGCGAUUCCUCGGAAUCUGAGGACGAAGGACAUCCCCUUACCAAAGGCCGAUCGGGCAUUUUUCCUUAAGACU